AUGCCGCCGCCGCCGCCGCCGCCGCCGCCCGAGCUGGCGGACGACCUCCUCCGCCAGGUAUUCCUCCGCCUCCAGCCGGACGACCCCGCGUGCCUCCUCCACGUCUCCCUCGCCUGCAAGCGCUGGCACCGCAUCCUCACCGACCCCGCCUUCCGCCGCCGCCACCGGGAGCUCCACCGGAUGCCAUCACUCGUGGGGUUCCUGCGCAUCGCGGAGGAAGACCCUCCGUACGCGUCCUGCUUCGUCCCUAACAACCCCGCCUCCGGUUGCCCCGCCGCCCGUGACCUCCCGGGGCGGCUCGUGCUCGACUGCCGCCACGGCCGCGUCCUCUUCGUCGCGCCGAGCCCAAGCCUCGGCACUCAGCUAAACUAUGACAUCAUCAUGUGGGACCCCUUGACGAACGAGGAGCGCUGCUUGCCCCGGCUCUCGCCCUCACCCACGGUCAUAUGCGGCCGCCACUUCAACGCCGCGGUGCUCUGCUCCGCCCCUGCGGAAGGCUGCGACCACAGCAAAUGCCACGGUGGCCCCUUCCGCGUGGCCUUCGUCUGGAGUCGCACCUUUGGCGAUUUACAUUCAUUUCUCACGUCUGCUCGUGUGUACUCCUCGGAGACGGGCAAUUGGAGCGAGCCCAUCUCUGUUGAGCAUCCUAAUGUGUUCGUCCUUGACAGGAUGCCAUGCACCAGCACCCUUGUGGGAGACACUCUCUACUUCCGCUUUGGCUUUGUGCAUGCUUUGGAGUACCAGCUUGGCGCACAGUGCUUAUCUGUCAUCCUUGGACCUCCACAGUCGGUAUUCCAAAGUUGCGCUAUUUCCCUCGUGUCCAUGGAGGACGGUGGGCUAGGAUGCAUGGACGUGGAGGAGGAUGAAUCAAGCCUCCGUCUACGACUGUGGUCAAGGGAUGCAGCUUCACGCUGUGAUGGAGAUGCAGGAUGGACAAGGGGCAGGGCCAUAGAGCUUGAGAAACUGCUACCUGAUGGUGCCCUCCCAUCUCCACGGUUGGCAUAUGAUCUGCGUUCCAGGGUUCCGAGUAUACAGUUGCUUGGCUUUGUGGAGGGCACCGAUGUCAUCUUUGUGGGUACGCAGGCUCUUAACCACCCUCAUGCUGUCUAUAUGGUCCAAUUCAACUCAGGGAGGGCCAGGAAGGUGUUUGACCAAUGCACUUUAGUCAUUCCCUAUACAAGCUUCUUCAUUCCAGUAACUGGCGCGUCUUCUAUAACUGAGGGGCCAGGAGACGACGUUUCACGUGCAUGA